UGUGGUUCGUGGUUCUGUCAUUCUGUGAAAGAAUGGAAUGGAAUGACGGAAUGACACGGAAAAAAAACAAGAAUGGCCACCUCAUCGUAAGUCUGUAAACAGGCUGCUUUAAAUUUUGAAGAACUUAUGAAUAGUAAAACUUAAAAAAUGAAAAUGAUUUCAUUUAGUUUAGUGAUCCUAACAUGUUUUGUGUCUGCGAACUGUAUUAUGUGGACGUUAGAACCAAAUUCUCAAAAGUGUUUGAGAGAAGAACUUCAACAAAAUAUACCUGUUAUAGGAGAAUUUGAAGUAUCAGAAGCCUCAGGACAAACUGUAGAUUAUGUGGUUACUGAUUCAAAAGGUCACAUUUUAGCAAAGAGGCAGGGGAUCUCAAAAGGAAAAUUUUCUUUCAACACAGAAAGUUAUGACACAUAUGAAAUAUGUUUUGUUUCUCAUGUACCUCAAAAUUUCAAGGGUAUUGCACAGGAAGUUUCAUUGGUUACCAAACAUGGUAUUGAAACGAAGAACUAUGACACACUUGGCGAAGCAGCUCAGCUGAAGCCAAUUGAAGUAGAACUAAAACGGUUGGAGGAUCUCUCUAAUGCCAUCGUUCAAGAUUUUGCAAUCAUGAGAAAACGAGAAGAGGAAAUGAGAGAUACAAAUGAAUCAACAAACAGCAGAGUUCUGUAUUUCUCAGUAUUUUCAAUGUGCUGUUUGCUAGGAUUAGCAACGUGGCAAGUUUUAUACUUACGAACAUAUUUCAAGGCGAAGAAAUUGAUUGAAUAACAAAAAUGUUAUAACUUCCAUAAAAAAUGUCAUGUUUCAUUUUUUCAUGAAUCCAUAGAAGUCGAAAUUUUCACAAGUUUUUUGUCGAAGAAGAGAUCUUUGGCUUUUUUUUUUUCAGUAAACUAUUGAGGUUCGAUGCACACUCAUUAGUUCGAACUGAUUUGUUUUACUUUGAAUUAGGAAUUGUUUAUAAAAGAAUCUGUAAUAUAUUGUAACAAUUUUUGUAAAAUUAUAUGAUUGUGGUUUCCUAUUGAA